AUGGUUGUUGGUCCAAAGUGUUUUCCUUACCUGUUGACACGACUUCCUCCGAUUUCGGCACACUUUGGCACAACAAGCAUCGACCCCGGUUCGGUGGAUCGGUGGACCCCUCGUUUCCUCUUUGGGUCUCUUGAAUCGCUCAAAAGUAAGUGCAACUGCGCUGCUGCAAAAAUUCAAGGUGGGUGGUCUUCGGAAAGAGCUGUUCACCGGAAUUUGCUACUUAUUAUAAUUGCCGAUCCCUUGCCCUCCUGUUCCGAUCUCCGUGGACCAGUUGCCAUGACAAUUUCCCAGCUCCCGGCAGCGCACUUUCGCAUUCCACCGAAUGAUUUAUCUUGCUCCUGUGAUCUGAACCGGCGUGAACUGCCAAGUUCUCGCGUGACGACGACGACGAUCCGCCCCAAAAGAGGGUUCUGGGUUCUGCUGAUCCGGUCGAAAUUUGCUCGCCAUCCAGGGCGAGCGAGAAGAAAGAAAUGUCCUCGGACGCGAAAACCAAAGACCAAGCCCAGUGAGAAGGUCCCUGUAGGCAAUAGUGGCAGUGGCAGUGGUAGCGGGGGCGGCGGCGGUACCGGAGGAGCCCUAGCGGAUGAUAAGCGACCCCGGACAGCGUUCAGUGGGCCGCAGCUGGCAAGACUGAAGCACGAGUUUGCCGAAAAUCGUUACCUCACCGAGCGCCGCCGGCAACAGCUGAGUGCCGAGCUGGGACUUAACGAGGCCCAGAUCAAGAUCUGGUUCCAGAACAAACGGGCCAAAAUCAAGAAAUCUUCCGGCCAGAAGAACCCGCUAGCCCUGCAACUGAUGGCCCAGGGCCUGUACAAUCACUCGACGGUUCCGCUGACCCGAGAAGAGGAAGAACUUCAGGAAAUGCAAGCGGCUGCGGCCGCGGCAGCCGAAUCCCGCAUCGGCGCUCCGGCUCCCCAGCCAUCGGGUGUCUAACGGCGGUGGCUCCCGGGCAAAGUUACCAGGGUUAUCAGCUAAAAUUUGAAAUCAAAAUGAACCUUUUCAAUAAUCUCGAAAGUACAGUUCAAGACAAGUUUCCCAACAAUCAUCUUCUAGCUCUACUUAGAAACGACAUCGAAAACUUAGAAAUCAAAACAAAACUCUUAGUGGCGAAGAAAUGAAGUAUCUGUGAUAUUGUAGUGUUUAUAAUCCUUGAAUUAGUUCCGUACUUUUAAGUAGCUUAAGUUGGAUAACUGAUUGAAGUUUCGCGCACACUUUUGAUCGAAAGUGCUUAGAAACUGCUUUGAAGGAGACUACUAAUCCGUAAGUUACUUGUUAAUCGAAUGCAAUAAUAAAUCAAAAUGUAUUUUACCGCCUAGAUAAACGAAUUUGUAAAUGAAGUCGACCGACAUAAUUGUGUAUAGCAAACUUUGGAUGGAAUAAAUUGAAUAAAAAACACUGAUCAAAAAGCAACUUAGAAAUAAACUUCGGACGGCAAGAGACAUUGCUUAGUUUUGCCUGUAUCUGAAUCAAGAAAACCCUAUUUAUUCUGUGUUUGUAAGAAGAAUCCUGAAAAAAAAAAACGUUUUCACGCUGCGGUUCUGCGUAGGAGUACUGAAAAACAAAAAACGGAUUGUUCUCCAUUGUAUAAUGAUUACAAUAAAACUCUAGCAAUAUUCUUAACUUGAA